GACAAAACAUUAACAUGCGCGUGGGCGCCGGAAAUAUACGUCACCAGCAAGCGCCGAGACGUGUUUAUAUUUUAGCAUCUACAAAAAAAAAUCCCCGCGGUAUAGCACAGUCCCGUAUAUUUAAACAAACAUAAACGAAGGAUAUUUGAAGAAACGACCAAAGGAGGAACGCUAAAACGAGCGUCAACGAACUUCUGUUGACAUUGGCGUUGCAUUAGCAUAUUAGCAUAGCUAAAGAUAAAGGCGUCGGAGCAAGUCACGAAGGAAGAUUUGAUAUAAACUCGUAUUUACCGUGCUCUUUAGUGUCGAUCAAACAAACACGAGCCCGUUUACACCAUCUACGUCACUGAGUGCAGACUUUAAGUUGAGCCGGUGAAGGCCUGAAGGCGCAUUAGCCCCGAGAGCUAACGGAAUACAACCUCAGUCUCAGUCUGAAUCCGAGUGUCUCCAACCUCAGACCGAAACUCUUUCAGUCCGGAACUCUUCGUCUUUAAAAUGUUCGGUUCGUCGCGGGCCGGCGGGGUCAGAGGAGGACAGGACCAGUUCAACUGGGAUGACGUGAAAGUGGAUAAACACCGGGAGAAUUAUCUGGGGAACUCACUGAUGGCCCCUGUGGGACGAUGGCAGAAAGGCAAAGACCUGACCUGGUAUUCCAAAGACAAAAAAGGAGCCGCUUUGUCCAAAGCAGAGGAAAUGGCCGCCGUGAAAGCUGCAGAACAAGAGGCCAUGAUGGCAGCUCUAGGACACAAGAAUAUUAAGAGACAACCCACCGGCCUCACAAAAGAGGACCUGGCAGAAGUUUAUAGACGAGAAGAACCAGAAGGGGACGAGCGGAACGUUGACCGCAUCUCUGGACUGGGCAGUUCUAGUGGAGGGAGGAAGAUGGUGCUGUCUCAAAAGGAAAAAGAAGCUGCCAAAAUGGGGCUUCCCGUCUUCACUCAUCACAAGACAGAAGGUCAGCCUGAAACAUCCUCUGUAAACACAUCCGAGAAAGUGCAGAAGGAAGACGUGGAAUCGAGAGAAGAAAACAAAAAGAAGAAGAAGCACAAAAAAGAGAAGAAGAAAAAGGACAAGAAGGAAAAGAAGAAGAAGAGAUACAGAAGAGACUCAUCCUCAGAGCCAGAUGACAGGAAAAGGCACAAAAAGGACCACCAUCGUCAUAAUCCAUCAUACCACAGUCAGAGUGGAGCCAGACCCCAUGACAACCAUUCACAGAGGGGAGCAAAGGGCGGCGGGCACCUCUCCCACGGCGGGCACCCCUCCCACAGUGUGCACCCCUCCCACAGUGAUCUCAGGCAGAGACACGACACAGACUCAUCCGACGGGGGGUCUCCAAGGGCCCGGUUCAGGACGGCCCCCGACAGAGACCCACAAAGCCACAGGCGACGACACGACACGGACUCGGACUCGGACUAAUGUGAUACCCCCACCCAGGCCAGAGAGGAGCUGGACGCAGCCCAAAGAGUGUUCACUACGCGUAGAUGUAAUGUUUUUAACUAUUUUUGUUGUUUUAUUACCAUGGCAAC